AUGCCAAGACACCAACUCAAGCCGCCCGGCCCUGACGCAGCUCGACAGCCAGAGAACCAGCGGCGGCACCGCGCUCGAACGAAUCUUUCAAGCAAAUCAAAAUCUUUGACAGCCGAGGUCAACCGGCUGCAUGGCCUCAGCAUCCCCUCAAGAGCAGGGCCCAGAUUCCCCCGGCUUUCCAAGGACACGCUUCAAAUUCUAAGCAGUUCGUUUCACCAAGCUGAUGGUCUUAUCCCUCCAAGCCCCUGCGGCACCGCCCCGAACCAGAGCACAGCCGCGGCGGCUCCGGAACAGGUUCAAUUUGCCAGCACACAGACUAUGAUCGACUGUCCUCUCCUCCCAGCCCCAGGAGCGGGCGAGUCGACGAUUCCCUGCCAGAACGCCUAUCUGAUCAUAAAGGAGCGAAGCUCGCCAGAAUUCGACCUUUCGGCCGCGAACGAGUGGCUGAUGCCAGAAUUUCGCAGGGCCAUUGCCACCGAGACCGGAUGCCCUCUGUCAGCACUCGGCGGCUGCCUACCUAAAAGCAUGUCCCACCACAACCCCCUCGGCCACAUUUCCAUUGGCGUGCGCAACUACGACAUCGCCAAGGUCUUUUACACGGCGGUCCUGGCUCCUCUCGGCCUGCACCUGGUCUACGACAGCGAGGUCUCGACCCCGGGAACCAAGAAGAUCCGCACGCUCGGGUACGGCCCCAACGCGAAACAUGAGCUCGUGAACAUAUUCGAGUUCGGCGAUGACGCGUCGCCUCCGGGGCCGGGGUUCCACUUGGCCUUCGACGCGCCGUCGAGGGACGCGGUGGUCGAGUUCCAUGCCCAGGCGAUGGCGGCCGGCGGGACGGACAAUGGGCUGCCGGGGGUGAGGAAACAUUACGGGGCCAACUACUUUGCUGCGUUUGUGGUGGAUCCGGAUGGCUGGCGGUUGGAGGCCGUCUGCAAGGAGUAGGACUGCUGGACGGUAAAAGCAGAGACAGGGCGACGGGGGUCGCUGCUCGAGGUCGACGAGUGUGAAAGAAGGUGAGACGAAGAGGGUUAAUUGAAGGGACUCGGAGCUAGGAGAAGAGCGAGGCCUGAAAUGCCGCUCAAGUUGAUGGCUUUAGGCGGACGCUCAGGGACAUUGCCCUCGUAUCCUCGGUCGGCGGAAUGAUGUGCUUUGCUUUGCCGGGUUGAUCAUUCCAGAUGGCUGCAUUUCAGAAUGCCAGGACAUGUCUACAUUAGACAGGCAGGUUCGUAAUGAGGCCUACACUAUCAUCACCAAUGGCAGCAAGCUCGAAACAACAGGCAUUGGGGUCCCGAGGUAGUGUUCGCUCGUGUGGUUGCCUGGUGGAUAAGUGAAUAGUAACAUUGGGCGUGCCAAGUUGUCACACUUGUGAUGGCCAUGCGCCACGUCUGGGAAGUUGACUUUCUCACGAAUCUGAUAACGGGUAGCAG